CUCUACGGCGACGUCCUUGCUCAGAAAGACAGAAGGAAAGGAAACGAAACGAGCUGCAAUUUGCCACGGACUCCCCACAAUUGUAAUUUGGUCCUUGGCUACUAUUGUUUGAUCGGAAGGCACCAAGUAGCUUACCUGCCUAGCUCCGAGUUCUACUCUACAUCGUACGUGAAUUCCCCGGACCUCUGCCUCCCGCCCUCCCGCUCCUGCUACCACCUUUCCCUUUCCCCCCCUCCAUCCCGCCGUCUUCCCUCCCUUUUCUUUCUUCUUUCUAUCUUUCCCCUCUUCUUCCCUUCUUUCAUCUCUUUCGGAGCAAGACGCUGGGUCAUACAUUACUUCUCUACUGUCCUCGCCCGCGUUGUUGACCGUGAACAUACUUAUCAGUGACGACAUUUGACUGUCCUGCAUAUCUCUUAUCUAUUCGUAACGACAUCCCGCCCUG